GAACGCCGCAGCGUCCAGCGUAUGUACGUGCAGCGGCCAUAUUACAUUUCCUGCUUCAAGGGUAUCUGAAGACACUCAGCUCAACAACAUGUACCGGUUUUCUAAGGUUGCAGCUAAUCUCAGUGGCCAGGCCGUGCGGCAGGUGAGGCACGGAUCCACGGUCCGUCAGGACUUCCACUCCAAGUAUGGCUUGGGCAUGAUGGUCGGUGGAGCCGUCUUCUGCACCGCUGUGUGGUCAUACGUGCUCACCCAGACUGGCAUCACCUGGAAUCUGUCACCAGUUGGAAAGGUCACACCUAAACCCUGGAGGGAGGCCGACGAGUAAAGAGCCGGUAUAACGGACCUGCAUCCCAACUGAGAAACCUAAUGGUUGUACAGAUGAAAAAAAAACAAUAUUUCUGUGUUCACACAUGGAAUUCCUGUUUAUUCCACCAUGUUAUUUUGUCCUAAUAAAUUAAAUGUGAUUCUA